AUGAAUUCGUUGUGGUCGUCAAAAGCUGCCGAUGAUGGUGCUAAUGCAUCAAAGACAUCGGUGGACGUAACAGAUACAGGUGUUGCUGAUGUUGGACCUGGAAUAACAGGCGCAGCGUCUGGCCAACAACAAUCUAUGCGACCUCAGCUACAGCGAAACCAAAUCCAGUCAACUCCACCUGUACAGGCCGCAAACAACCAGCCACCUGACUCUCUCUCGCUAGCACAGCUACGACGCAUAGUAUCCGAAUUCCCUCGCUCUGAAGCUGCCGCGUAUGACUUUGAAUAUUCCGAUACAGGACCUCAUGAGGAGGAGAUUGACGAGUGGUUUGUCUAUCAACCUUGGCAAUGGAUUCGGCUAAACGCUGCUCAACGGGCUUUCGAGUGGCAGUGGGAGCACGACAUAGCAGCCAGGAAGGAUGAAAUUACUUGGGAUGAGGCAGAUGAUGAGGCUAGGACAAAUUUUAUCCUACAGGCACUAGACGGAGUUAGAGCUAGUGAUGCUGCCACACGCGGCGCUGCAAUAGGAAGACUUACGUAUAUCGUUUUGGGCCGGUGGAUAGACACUGCUGGUUCGCCUCAAGGCGACAGAACGAAUCCCCGAAGCGUUGCAACACCCGCCCAGCUUGCCGCAACGAAAUCUGGUGUCGAGUUGAUCGCAGAGUGGAACGGUAUUCUCGUUAUAUGGGGAGCUUUGCGCAGCGCAUUUGAGAUAUUAUGGCUGGAUGAACCUCAGAGACCGCAAGGCAGUAGCUUAGCCGAGGCACAGGACGAACUGAUGAAUUUAAUGACCAUAAUGUAUAUGUGUAUACAGGAAACGCUUAACGACCCGGAUGGAAUGGUAAUGGUUCACGAAAAGCUCUUGGAAUUAGAGCCUCAUCUCACAACAUUCAUGCUUACAGCUUCAGCUAAGCUACGAUGGCAAGAAGUAAAUGUUGUACCAGCUCCUCAGACGCUUUUGUUGUUAUGGAAGUGUAUUCUUCUGGAAUUCGGUGGAACGCCAGAGAUUGAAGAAACGAAAAGGGCCCUUAGGGAAACGGCUACUGACGACAAGGAAAAAGACCUGAUCAUGGCGACACCUCUCGACUAUCAUGUUUUUCGACAAGAGAUCACAUCAAAAUACCCUGCCUAUGUACCUCCUCAACCAAUAAUACCCCUUGAGGCAGACAACACCUCUCUCUUACCUCCGCUGCCCAACCAUCCUACUAGGAACAAUGGAUCGAAUGGUAUACUCCCUGCUCCUCCUGGGACGCAGAGUGGAGGCGCGUCUAUCCUUCACCAACCUGUUCACAUUGCGACCCCUGCGCCGUCUCCUCCCCCAUCUCCUGCUGCCGGUGGUAAAGGGGGUAAGAAACAAAAUUACCAAACCAACCAGAAUUUCCCUUUCAUGUACCCUCCAUUGGAUGCCACCAGUAAUAGCGCAGGAGGAAAGGGUGCUGCUGGCCUUCAAGAUUUCCUUGUUGGCCGGAAAUGGGAAGGCAGUGACGUGCCCGCAUCUAUUCUUGAGGCUGGCGAAUUGUUUUCGAAACGAGUGCGCAUGACCCGAGCUACAAGGCAGUUGUGGGAAGAGCGCGAGAAGUUUCAAAAAUUCGAGAGGGGUUGGGAUCCUUCGGAUGAUGACAUAGAAGACCUAGACCUGGAUGGUCUUAAUCUUGACGACGAUGUUGAUGAUGACAAACUUCUAGAAACUAUCGAGAAAAGAGAGAAGAAGGCGCGAGGCGCCGAGAUCGACUAUGGUCCGGACCCAAAUGUUGAUACGAGGGUCAAACGACGAUUAGAAGCCAUUGAAGCGUUCUACGCUGCUGCUUUGCCUCAACUGCAGUCAUUGAUUAUAGUUCUGAUGAAAAGCAUACUAUUCAAUGUCACUGCUUGCAUUGCUCUUCCUGCUAAUAACCAGCAGCAAUCACAAAUCCAGGGGGGUAACCAACCCCGCGUUAAUGGCGGCCCUGGUACAAAUCGAUCGCAGGAUAGUUCUAUGGGAGCUAACAGCUCGACCAACCCAGACGGUUCCGACAGUUCCUUGGAGGAUUUAGAUGCCGCUAGAUGUAGAGAGAUUGAAUCGAAAGCCGCUACGGGCAUCAUUCUCCUGCUUAUGAAAUGGCUCAAGAUCUCGCAUGUUUUAAAGUUUGAAUACUUGGCACAACUACUACUGGAUUCUAAUUAUCUUCCUUUGGUUCUCAAGUUGUUUGCACAUCAAGAUAUUCAACAGGUGGUCGAUAGUAAGACCGAUCGCCUUGAACACAGUUUCUUUCAGUUCUGCAACGAUCGUGCUCAUCCUCCAGAAAAGGUACCGCAAGAGCCGACAGAGAUCGACGGGCCAGAGGAGGAAAGCGAGGACGAUGCGGCGCCUCCACCCAUAAAACGGCGACGAUCGUUGCACGACCAAGUGGUCGAAAGUAGCGAGCUCGCGAACAAGACAGAAGGGCAGCUCCCCACUCGCCCUGAAGUAGACGAAUUAGGUUAUCCCGUAAACCCCCUGCCUAAGGAGCCUAUCACCGAUUUUUCGCGCCGAAAUUUCUUCGCCCUCAUCAAUUACCUGCGAAUCAUGCAGAAGAUCUGCAAGAACAAAGCGCACCGUAAUUUACUACUCGUACAGUACAAAUCGUCAAAUAUCAUAAGGAAAUCACUCAAGGUACCGCAAACCGAGUUGCGACUAUACACGCUCAAACUCUUCAAAAACCAGGUACCGUACUGUGGCCGUAAAUGGCGGCAAGGUAAUAUGCGUGUCAUCACAGCGAUAUAUUUGCAUUGCCGCCCAGAGCUCCGCGACGAAUGGCUGGCUGGUAGCGAUGUAGACGCGGAAGUUGAAGAAGCCCUGCCGCUCGAGCAAGCCCUCCGGAGCUUGACGCACUGGUUCAACGUCCGGAGGUACCCGGAUCAGAUGGCGGCAGAUAUUAGAGAGGCGUUACGAAACGAGCAAGACUUUUUUAAGCGCGAACUCGAGAAACUGGACGUGUGGGCCGAUGUCGGGCAAUUAGACAAUAUGAACGCCGAGUGGGAUCACGCUGGACACGGAUCUGCAUAUGGUUGA